AUGCCACAUAAAAAAGGCAUCUCCGUCCACAUCCACAAAGUCCAAACUCUGGUCCAUGGGACGAGAAUCUUGCACACUGCAGCAACGAGGCAGGCGACCCCAACACCUCACCAUCCGGCGAAGUACGGUGUCGGCCGCAUCGCCAUUGUCGAGAACCGCGUUAUCGAUCUGAAAUCCCGAGGCUGCUAUGAGAUUCCUGGUCUCACCACCGCCCGUAAUGUUCAUAUCGACUUGGAAGGCUUGUCCCUCGACCGUGAAGUCCGUGCUCUUGCGGGAUCAAUUCGUUACCACUUCCUGGAGCCGAGUCCUAUACAAUGGCCUGUAUCUCUCCCAAGCGGGGAAUUCCUUGAAGCCAGCAUCAUGAAAUCCCAAAAGAGUGUCAACGGCCAGGUCCGUCUGCGGCUGUACAAGGGCAAUUGUAUCAUCCUUGGCCGCAGCAAUCAGACCGGAAAGUUGUACGACGAGAGUGAGAGCAGCAUGGAUGAGAUCGGAAACUUCGAGGCCAGCGAGACAGGGGGGUUCAUCAAGGUCCAGGCUAUCCGGUUGAAGAAGUCCGGAUUGAUGAAGGCGGUAAAACGUAAGAGAUUGUAA